AUGUCGCGCGACUCGACCCCGCCGCUUCCGGGCCUCGAGCCCCCGAGCUCCCCGCCGCUGCUGCCAACUGCGUCAACCUCGCGCAAGAAGCGUGCCCGCUCGCAGUCGCUGCACGAGCACCACCACGCCAAUGCCUUGUCCCACCACCCGUCCAGCGACCCCUUUGUCUUCUCCAGCGACGAUGCGCCCGAGGACGUCGAAAACUACAACAGCCCCGCCCGCAAGAAGAGGCAGUACGCCGGCCCAUGGUUCGCACACGGCCACCAGCCGAAGUCCGAACGGACGACGCCAGCCAAGGCCGACUUUUCCAGGAACCAAGACAGUGGCGUCUGGCUGCCCAGCGACUCGUCGGAUGACUCGCUGAUUGAGCGGCUGGCCGCCGCCAGCACUGGCCCAUCCCUCUUUGGCCAGGUCCCGCGCCCCUGCGCGCCCAGCGAGCCUGACGAGAAUCCGCUCCCUGUCGCGCGCCGAGUGCACGUGCCGGAGCCGCGGUCGACUGAGCAUGCCGUCGCUCAUGCAAAGGUGCACGAGUGCGUUGAAGAGGGGAACGAGAGGGUCGAUCUAUCUGCUCUGCAAUUGCGCUCCAUGUCGGAUGACCUUCUUGAGCCACUGGCCCAUCUCAUCAGGCACCCGAAGAUCGGCCCCGAGGUUCCGUCCGAAGAGGCUUACGAGCCGUUCACGCCGUCACUGCAGCUCUAUCUGUCGAGCAACCAGCUGCGUAGCUUGCCGGCUGCCAUCUGGGAGCUGGAGAACCUCGGGGUUCUCAGCCUGCGUAUCAACAAGCUGACCGACUUGUCCCCAGCUAUUUCUAAUCUCAAAAACCUAAAGGAGCUCAAUCUGGCCGGCAACAGGCUGCGCUGGUUGCCGUGGGAGCUCUUGCGGCUCGUCCCGCCGAACGGCAAUUUGACCCGGCUGAGCAUCUCACCCAAUCCGUUUGUGAAGGGGCUUCGCGCUUACCGGGGAUUCGAUAUCCCUGCCGAUCCGGUCAAGAUGCAGCAGGCAGUGGACGAGAUGAAGGCAUUGUUUGAAGAUGAUGAGUGCGAGAAUGGCGAUGAGAAGGAGCAGUUGGCCUGGUCACUGAGACUUCACGAGUCUCUACUCCAGAAGAUGCGAGAGGAGGCAGCCUCAUCGCAGACCGCGGAUGGAGACUCGUUGUCGCAAGUGCCAUUCAAGCCUCCAGCGUGGAAGCAGGAGCCUGUCUUUCUCGCCUCGACUUCGGUGGCCCGAAUGGAAUUCGACGGUCGUCUCCAGUCCGGCUCGCCUCAAAAGCCAUCGUCCACCUCCUACCACGUCACUUCUUUCCCCGUCCCCUUUGUCGGGCACACGCCCGCCGACGACAUUCCGGCAUCGUCUUCCCGUGUCCCCUCUCUCUUGGAGCUAUCGCUUCGCUCCGCUUCCCGCGCCGUUCCUAACGCCGACCUCCUGCGCGACCUUCUCCCUCACGAUACCCCCGACCCCGUCCUCCGCGCACUCGAUGACGCGAUCAAAGCCCAGCAGAACGGUGGCCAGCAGUGCUCCGUCUGCAACAAGAAAUACAUCAUUCCGCGAGCCGAAUGGAUCGAGUACUGGCACUAUGUGCCCGACUCCUUGUUCUGCUCUGGAGACGAUGCUUUCCUGCCAUUCUUGAGGAGGGCGUGCAGUCUGGGCUGCGCGGCUUCAGUGAAGGCAGGCGAGAUCUGA